ACAUCAUUUCAAACCGCUUACCUACUACUGCACACUCCACACACACUCACACACACCGAGGACAGGCGAAGUGAAGAACUGAGGGGACUUGCUGUUGGUUGCUUUCCUCUGGACAAUGGCUCUUUUAUCCACCAGCCUCCCUGCUAAUUUGACCUCAUUGGCUGAAGAUGGAGACAAAACAAAUUCUAAUAAUUGCUCUCUUGACAACUGGACCUUCACUUAUGUCCCAGCGUACAUCCUGUCCAUCUCUGUUCUGGGAAUUGUUUUGAAUAUCUUUGUGCUGAUGGUCUUCAUCCUCCAUAAGAAGCCCUGCACCGUGGCUGAGAUCUACCUGAGCAACCUGGCUGCUGCCGACCUGUUCCUGGUCUCCUUCCUGCCCUUCUGGGCCGUCAACGCUUGGAAUAAGUUUGACUGGAUUUUUGGUCUUGGAUUGUGCAAAAUGGUCAACGUGAGCAUCCUGAUGAACGUCUACUGCAGCAUCUACUUCCUGGUUCUGAUUAGCAUCGAUCGCUAUUUGGCUCUGGUCCAUCCACUGUCCCAAGAAAAAAUGCGUCGCCCAAAAUUUGCUAAAAUUAGUUGUGUUGUGGUUUGGAUUCUGGGAUUAGUUCUCAGUGUUCCAAAAUUUAUCAACAGGAAACUGGUACUUGACAGAAAUAUUACUUCCUGUAGUGAAGCUGAUCCAACUAUAUUAAAGACGACUGAGUCGAUGAUUUUGGUUUUAGGGUUUUUUAUUCCCAUUUCCAUCAUUUUCUUUUGCACUGUCAACAUCCUCAAAUCUCUGAGAAACAGAUUUAUGGAAGGAGUAAAUGCAAAGAAAAAUGAUCACAAGGCCAACACUUUGGUGCUGGCCGUCCUGCUGGCGUUCCUGAUCUGUUGGGUCCCGUUCCAUCUGCGGAAAGUCCCAACCUGGCUCAACAAGGCCGGUAUGCUGACAGACUGCAGCUCUAUGAAAGUCCAGUACUUCUGUGGGCAGAUCUUCACCUACUUGGCGUUCUUCAACAGCGUUCUCAACCCCAUUCUCUACGUCAUUGUUGGAAGAAACUUCCGGAAAAAAGUUAAGGAACUUUUUCUGCUGUGGAACCACAAACGGACUCCAACCAUGACUCUGAGAAGUUCAAGAACAAAACUAUCAGUAUUUCAUCCCUCUUAGUUCUGACUUAAUGUCAUUCAGCUCACUUCCUCUAUGAGACGUUUUUAAUUCAGGUUUGUAUUUAAGCUAUUUUAAUGUUUUACCGUAAACAUUUGGUGGGUCAUUCAGAAUUUUUGCUGGUUUCUUUAUUGUGAAUUAAUAAGUAAUUCAAGUAUUUCAGCCAAACCUUUAGUCUGAAGUGUAAUCUGAAAACUAAAUAUGAACAAAUUAGAUUUGUGAAAAGAUUCACCAUAAAACAGAUGUAACACCUCACAGAGAGCGAGCGAGCGAUGAGCGAGCGAGUGAGUGAGUGAGUGAGCGAGCGAGUGAGUGAGCGAACGAGCCUCAUGAUCUCCAAUCCCACUUCUCUCCAGGUGGGAUUGGAGAGAUUUUCUUUAUCCAGCCAGUUUGACUUAAUGGUUCCAAAAGGUUUCUUAUAACUUCUUCAGAAAAAAAGAUUCUAACAAAUAUUAAAGCAUUUAGCUGCAGUAUGACCAUUCCCAAAUAAUUAGAGCUCAAACUUGAAGCAAUCUGCUUAGAUAGAAAACUUUUUAACCCAAUUUGAAUAAACAGCUUACUGUGCUGUUCGACAGAUGAUCAACUGGAAUGGAUCUGACUAAACUGAAAGGACUUUUUUUGAAAAGUGCCUUGAGAUUACGUUUUUGUAAAUUGUGAAACUGAAAUGAAUUGAAUAAAAAAAACACAACAAGCAAACAAAACCAUGAGUUAAUAAUAAAAAUAAAAAGGAGAAAAACCUUCAGAUGUGUAAAACUACUGAGGAAGGAGCAGCAGAUCAGACGUCAGAGCAGAAACAAUCAUACAAAUGACGUCUUUUAGAGCUUCACUUUAAGUCUGAGAGAACAGAGAUGAAACGUUUUAAUGUUUGGUUUCCUGUAUCACUAGGACUGUUUUUAUGAGCAGAACCUCAGCAGAGGAAGAAGAAGAGAAGAAAAUCAGAGACCGCAAAACUAAACCAUGAGAAAACCGCACAGUUUCUCACAGCUGCGUUCAGGUUCCUGCUAUAAAUCAAAAUUAACCUGUUUGUGUUUAGAUUAGAAAGUUUUGAAAGGGUUCCCAUGAUGUCCCCUAAAAACCAGUCAAAUAAUACAGAGAUCAUUUUAUGAAGUUAUGUUUGAUAUUUAGCAACAAGGCGUCAUGUUCAGGAACCCUGCAGGGACAAGCAGAUCUAGACGUUAUAGAUGUUGCUGUGGCCAAACUUCAUAUUUACGUCUAACAAGAGCAGAGAAAUCUGGUUCCUACUUACAAUGUUUUAAAAAAAUAAUAUGUACAUAAAAGAACUGUUGAAACUCACUGAAGCUUGUUUUCCCUCUCCUAAACUCAAGAGGCAGAUCAGGGAUCCCAACAGAUCCCAACAGAUCUUCAGAUGAAGGAUUCCACAUUCAUUUUCUAAAUAAAAAUAACAGCAGAAACCUACAUGGUUGUAAUAUUUUAUUUUUGACUAUUCGUCUGGAGAGAGGAAGUCUAUCUUUUUUAAAAUGUUUUUGUCUUGAACUCUUUUUCUCUAAUUAGUCUUAUAAUUCCUUGUAUAUAUUUCAUUUCCACUGCAUCGCAAUGUUACAAUGGAGGUUUGCUGCAUUUUCUGUAUAUUUAUCGUUAUACAUGGAAUGAAACAAUGCUGUGGGUAGAGGAAUGAAGGUGUGAUCCAUUCACAUCCAGAGCAGCUCUGUGAUUGGACAUCGCGUUUAUUUCUCACAGGAAGUCAUGCAGACCAUGAGAGCUGUCUGAUAACUAACCAGCAUCACCACACAGGUUUCAUAAUUAUACAAGUAAUGGACUGAAAUGAAGUUAAUGGAAGCAGUCAGUCAAACGAAGGAAGCAGGAUUUCUGUGUAUGAAAGCUUCUAAUGGUUGCUAUUCCAUGUGUGUUUAUUUUAUUAACUGUUUUGUGUAUUUGGAUGUUUGUUGUGACAUGACUAACUUGUAUUACUGAAUCCAUCUUUGUGACAUGUAGAAAUGCUCUGUGGGAUAUUGCUGCACGUCUCACUGCAAAACAUUUUCUUCUGUUAUGCAGAUAAAAGCGAGCGGCUUCCUGCAGCCAUGAACUUACAGGAUGCACAGGUUGCUCUUUCUCUUGAUUCCCUGCCAUGGCUCUCUCUCUCGCUCUGACAGAGCUUUGGUGGAAUAACCUUUAAAUGGUUGACAUUAACUGCUACAGAAAAGCUGUUCUUGCAGUUGGCAGUGUAUUUACUGUUAUGUUUUAAAUGUGUGUCUUUGCUGAAGGCUGAAUGAAGAAUUUAAAAUGAUUCUGUUUUCAUCCAUUGGUUUAUCCUCCUGUAAACAGUUUUCUCUGCUGAAAAACAGCAGCUCACCAACAGGAUGAUGUAAUGAGGCUCCGCCCCUUUUAAAAUGUCAAUAUUUCUGUUUUUCUGUCUAAUGUGAAUUUUUUAUACUUCAUGUAUGUGUUUGAUAUAUAACAAGUUGUAAGUCAAUAAACUGCCUCUUAAUACA